AUGGAUACUGAGGGUGAAGGAGAUGUGAAUAGGUUUGUCCAUGACUCAGAUUGGGCCGUGGGGACCCGCAAAUUGGUCCAACUAGCCCAAGCAGCCGUGGCAAGGGCUGUGGUGUUGCCUUCAGCUCACAGGCCAGGCUGCUUACCCGGCCCGCAUGCAGCUACAUGUUCAGGACGAAGAGAGAUAAGCACAUGUUGCUUUCAAGAUGUUAUAGUUGAUGUAAAUCCAAGGCCUUUCAAUCACACUGAUAUAUACCAACAGUUUGAGAUUCAUCGCCAUUACAAUGGUGGUUUCUAUGCCACAUCUGUAGCCCAUGAUGGGUUUCCUCCUAAAUUCCUGAGAAGAAAAGGAUGGGAAGUUCACACCAGUACCACUUCAUUCAAACUUCAUCUACCAGAAGCUCAAGGCCACGACACCACUCACCCAAUGGACCUCCCGGAACUAGAUGUUACGCUAUCACAGAAUCGUUUGUCUCGGGUUGUCGUUGGAAAAUGGUACUGCCCCUUUGUGUUUGUGAAGGAGGAAGGUAGAUUAGUGAACCAGAUGCAAAAAACCUUGUUCUAUGGAUUGACUCUCGAGCAUUGGUGGGAAGAGGUAUAUUCGUGCCAGAACGUGAGUAACGAAGGUAACGUUGUCGUUGUAAAUGCUAGUGUGCAAAGGGAAGUGGCUCUAGUCCAUGGCAGGGAAGCUUUGAAAGAUGAUAGGCAUGGUGGAGAUGGGUUUAUUUGGUUUAGAGUGAGAGAAAGAUGUAGGAGGAGAGGUCUAGGUGUGGCUUUGAGUAAGGCAAUAGUUGAGAAAAUUAGAUGGGUGCAAGAGAGAGGAGGGUGGGUUGAUGGAGGAGAGAAAGAGGUCAUAAUAGAGAGUGUAGAAGAGAUUAGAGGGGAGAGAGAGUGGAGGUAUUUUGGUUGUUAUGUUUUGGUGCAAAGUUUUGGGGUGAGAAGAAUGGAUGGGAGUUUGUUGAUGAGGUUGAAUUUUAGACACACCAAUAAAGUUCAAUGCAAAUGGGAAUGA